AGCAUUUUGCUACAACUCCAUUAAAAUCAUCUGGCCAUUUUUCUGCAGUAUGUAAAUAUUGCAAUACUCGAUUUAGCCAUGGUCGUCCAAAUGAACUUGAGGUGCAUCUUGCAAAAGAAUGUGAAGGUGAAAGCAUUGAUAAUGAAAUAAGAAGCAAAUAUCUUAAAAUUGCAGUUCAGAGACAACUAUCAAAAGAAAAAAAAACUAGUUCAAAAAAUCAAUCAAAAAAACAGAAAAUAAAAGUGAUUAAAAUUAAUUGGGAGACUGAAAAAUACUUACAAACUGCUGAUAACUUGACACUUGGAUUAGAUGGUUGGACAAAUCCUCAAGCGGAUUUACUCUUUAAUGAGAUUGAAAAAAUUUUAAUUAAGAUUGGGCCCAAAAAAUUCAUUGGAGUAAAUGCCUCGACUAUUGCUGCUACACAUAGGCAGAUUAAUCAAAAAUGUUCUUCUAUUAUCAAUCUUCGUUGUAUUGUUCACUUUGUUAAUUUUAUUAGUCACGAUAUUUUAAAAUAUAAAUUACCAGCAU